GUCUUCUUCCUCCCCCUUCUGCCCCCAAGCGGAACGGAAAUCAUCAAGACCUAAUCCAAUCCCUCCCGGCGCCCCCAUGCCCCUCCGUCCCCCAAGCAGCCCCCGGCUCAAGGACCUCCCGACUCAACACGGCGGUGCAGCGCGGUUGAUCCAUGGUGCAGCCCGUGCCCACGAGCUCCCCCGGAGCCGGAGACCCCGCGACCCGCCGUCCCCUCCACCGCACGAGGAGGAGGAGCAUCUUGCUGAACCUGCAUCAUCAUCAUCUGCACAAACUCUGCAAGCACCGUCCUUGAAUGAGUCGCUCGGCGCUUCGGUGUCGGAUGAAUCGUGUGUCACUGUCACUUCCUCCGCCCUUUCGCAGUCAGAGGCGGUAGCACAAUACACAAUUGUUCCUGCCCCUGGUUCACCUAUUUUGUCCCGGCUACCGCGUGACUGGGGGCUCCAAUUUUACAUCAGGGUGGAUCUUUCUGGAUCUUUCCACACAUAUCCUCAUUUGGGUGGGCCAUUCAAGAGCUUACAGGAAGCCGACAGUGCUAUUGAUCGCCAUCUGCACGACCGCCGGGUCACCAAAAUGUGCCCGGAGCAAGGCAGCGUUUCUCGACUGGAUAAGGUCGUACAACAAUGUCUUUACUGGCCCGAUGGCAGAAGGAAGAAGCGUUCAAAAUCUCAUGUGAUUGAGCAAAGUCAUAAUCGAAUGUGCCUAUUGGCUCAAGCUCUAGUAGACAAGUAUAACGAGAAUCACAAUCUUUUGGGGGAUCUUGCACAUGAGUUCAAGGACGUUGUGCAAUAUCAAUCAAUUUGCGAGAACCGUGUGUGGUACUAUCAUCUCAAUAUCACUACAAGGGCUAAAGGAGCUGAUGGUUUCUCCCAUGGCAUCGACGAUCUAUUCUUCACGGAAGUCAAACGUGUGCGACAGGGACAACAUGAGGAAUUGGUGGUCAGCUGUUUCUGCAUGCUCAAACCGACUGAUAACGGUUGCUGCUAUGGCUGUACCAACAAUGGAUCUCCUGAUAUGAAGCACCCCAGCAGCACUGAUAAAUACAUUGCUGGUCACUUGAACGGAUAUUUGCCAUUUGGAUGCCGUAGGGAGUUUAGUGACUCUGAUGAUGAGGAGGAAGCUGAGGCUAAGCUAAGAGAUAUGUAUGAGGGCCUUGAUGAGCCAGACUUUCUGGAGAAACUCUUCACAUUUCCCACUUAUGUAACUCUGAGGAAAGACACGAAGGGAACCUGAGUUCGGAAGACUGGACUCAAGGGGCGUCGGAGUGAAACAGCAUUGCCUGUUUUACCUUGUGGUUCAGUUAUAGUAAUGUUGUAAGGGCCCCUUCAAUGUUUUAGAGUUUGAGGAUGACCUAAUUACAGCAUGCUACAGUUAAAUAAGCAAUUUGUACAAGUAGCUUGUGCUUGUCUUUUGUUUUACACAAAUCUGUUUGCAAGGAGUUGUGAAACAGCUGUCAAAUUUGAAACACUCCUCAGAUUCAGAUGAUCAGUCCUAGCUUUUACUA